AUGUCGCCGAGUCCUUUUGUGUACUGGGCUCAAAAUGAGAGCCACAUCUUCCUCCGGGUGGAUCUCAAACAUGUGCAAAAGCAUCAACUCAAUAUCGCCGAGGAGGAGAUUGAAUUCACCGGCUACGGCAUCGGGGCUCAGGGCUCGUCCGAGGUUGAAUAUCACUUCUUGAUCGAGUUCUUUCUCCCGGUCAAUCGCGAGGAGUCCACCUAUUUGAUCAAAGACCGGAAAUCACCAUCCAUAUCCAGAAGAAGGAACCGGAUUGGUGGCCCGCCUUUUGUACACACAGCAGAAACUCUCUUGGCUCAAGAUGACUUUGAUCGUUGGACAUCGCAUCUUAUUAAGAAUCGAUAUCCUGAGGUCUAUGAGAAGUUGCAGAAGGAAGAGUUGGGAUUCAUCUCGGAGUCCAGACGCAAGAUCUACUUGUUUUGCUACAACUUGUUCAUGCUCUGCGGAUUUGUGUACGUGUUUCUGAUCAUGAACUUGCGAUAUGCCCGUCAUGGCGACGAGUUCAUUCCCGAGACGUACAAAACUCGUCCAUAUUGCAGUGGUUCAUGA